CAUUUCACAUUCUUAUCUUUUCCGUUCUUAGUUAAUUGGUGCCGCAAUACUGUGCUUCGCCAUCUACUGCUACGUUGACGCCACUAUUCAGAGCGCCAUCUCCCAAUCUGGAUAUGGGGACAAAGUUCAGAAUUUGCUCUAUGGACUCAUUGGUCUCGGAUCGUUGACGAUCAUUGUCUCCAUAUUUGGAUGCUGUGGAGCCUAUCACGAAUCAGCUUGUCUGUUGGGCACCUACUUCACCUGUCUGGUUAUCAUGUUCGGGGUCGAGUUGGCUGUUGGUGCGCUUUGCUUAGUGUUUCGAGACGAGACUGAAACCAGAAUAAACAAGGCGUUAGAAAAUGUUAUCAUGAGUUUUAGUGAUACGUCAAUUCCCGGCAACAAUGGCAUGACCAGUUCAUAUCGAGACCUCAUACAACGAGUGAUUCAAUGUUGCGGCAUUUACGGUGUCGAUGACUACCCUGGUCCAAACAUUCCAGCUUCUUGUUGCAUUCCCGGUCGUGCGGGGUGUCCAAGUAAAUCGGCAGCAUUCACUGUGGGUUGCAAGCAAGUCACUAACGAACUGGUUCGACAAAAGUUCCUCACCGCAUUGGCCCUGAUAAUGAGUGUUCCGCUUGUCAAAGUAUUCGGGCUGAUGUGCGCCAUCCUCCUGUGUUGCGUGGCUCGCCGCCGAGAUGAGAUUCAAUACACUGAGGUCCAUGUUGAAGCU